GAAUUGAUAGUGUGAGGUGGGAGUAAGAGUGACAGCGAUUGGUUGGCCGUGGUUAUCAGCGCCUAGGCGGGAGCUCCUGGAAGCGGAGGCAGUGGGUGGGGGCCUAGUGGACUGGAGGGUAACAAGAUGGCGGCGGAGACGGUGGAGCUCCAUAAACUGAAGCUUGCUGAACUUAAGCAGGAAUGUCUUGCUCGUGGUUUGGAGACCAAGGGAAUAAAACAAGAUCUCAUCAACAGGCUCCAGGCAUAUCUUGAAGAGCAUGCUGAAGAGGAGGCAAAUGAAGAAGAUGUACUGGGAGAUGAAACAGAGGAAGAAGAACCAAAGCCCGUAGAACUGCCUGUCAAAGAGGAAGAACCCCCCGAGAAAACUGUUGAUGUGGCAGCAGAGAAGAAGGUGGUAAAAAUUACAUCUGAGAUACCACAGACUGAGAGAAUGCAGAAGAGAGCUGAACGAUUCAAUGUACCUGUGAGCUUGGAGAGUAAGAAAGCUGCCCGGGCAGCAAGAUUUGGGAUUUCUUCAGUUCCAUCAAAAGGUCUGUCAUCUGAUGCCAAGCCUAUGGUUAACCUGGAUAAACUAAAGGAAAGAGCUCAAAGAUUUGGUUUGAAUGUCUCUUCAAUCUCCAGAAAGGAUAAGACCAGUAAGUUUUGAAAAAUGUUCUCUUGAAUUUUUAUCUUGAAGAAGCAAGUUGGGUUUGGAGGAUAACAAAGCCACACUCUACUCCCAUCUUAGGUAGAGAUCUAAUCCUUGGAACUCUGCCAUAGAACAAAACAGUUUAGAAAGUAACUGUGAUGUUCAGGCUGCCAGUUGUUGUAGCUGAUCUUCCAUUUGGGACUUAAUUCCUGGCUACAGCGUAUAUGCCUUGGAAACCAUUGACAAGAGUCCUUAAUUUAAAAUUUCUAGGGGCUCCUGGGUGGCUUAAUCAUUAAAUGUCUGCCUUUGGCUCUGGUAAUGGUCUCGGGUCCUAGGAUCGAUCCCUCUAUCAGGCUCCCUGCUCGGCAGGAAGCCUGCUUCUCCCUCUCCUACUCCUCCUGCUUGUGUUCCCUCUCUUGCUGUCUUUUUCUCUGUCAAAUAAAUAAAAUCUUUUUUAAAAAAAA